GACAAAGUCACUUCAAGAUGGCGGAGUUGCUAAUGACGCGCGAAGGAGCGGGCCCCGAGGGAGUCUGGGCUGUGAGGGGAUAGGGUGGCGCAGGAACUUGGCGGGCGGGAAGUAAAAGCCAGGUGUUAAAAACCUUUGCACUGGGAAAGGCCCAACUCUCGCGAUAUCUUGGCAGGGCCCAAUGGAACUUGGCGCCCGAGUUAUCACUAGGGGCUUUUGUUGGGGGCGGAGCGUUGACGCGAGCUGCCCGGGAGCCGUUGGUUCCCAGUGUAACGCGUUGCGGCCGAGCCGCCUCGGUCACGGCCGUAGCCAUGAAGGAAGACAAGGAGCACAGGCCCAAGGAGAAGCGAGUAACCCUGUUAACGCCCCCUGGAGCCACAGGCAGCAUGACUGUCAUCAAAGGAAUCCUAGAAAGCAAUGGUCAGGAAUAUCCUGCUAUAGUAGAAUUUGCACCUUUUCAAAAAGCUGCAAAAAAGAAGACUAAGAAAAGAGAUACCAAAGUCGGGACUAUUGAUGAUGAUCCAGAAUAUAGAAAGUUUUUGGAAAGUUAUGCCACAGAUAAUGAGAAAAUGACAUCUACUCCAGAGACACUGCUAGAGGAAAUAGAAGCAAAAAAUAGAGAAUUAAUAGCUAAAAAGACAACCCCACUUUUGAGCUUCCUGAAAAACAAGCAGAGAAUGAGAGAAGAAAAGAGAGAAGAAAGAAGGAGGAGAGAAAUAGAAAGAAAAAGGCAAAGAGAAGAAGAGAGGAGGAAAUGGAAAGAAGAGGAGAAACGAAAAAGGAAAGAUAUAGAAAAGCUAAAGAAGAUAGACAGAAUUCCAGAAAGGGACAAAUUAAAGGAUGAACCAAAGAUUAAGGUACACAGGUUUCUGUUACAAGCUGUGAAUCAGAAAAAUGUAAGGACCAAGUACAUGAUACAGAGCAUCUAUGGCUAUCUGUGUGCCAAAAUGCUUCAUGCUUAUGUCUUGUGGCGCUUUGCCUUUUGCUUGGAUAAAGGAAAGAAGGCCGAAAGUACAGAAUCAAUAGGAAGCUCAGAAAAAACUGAAAAGAAAGAAGAAGUGGUCAAGAGAGAUCGCAUAAGAAACAAGGAUCGUCCAGCGAUGCAGCUUUACCAACCAGGAGCUCGAAGCCGAAACCGACUCUGUCCCCCUGAUGACAGCACCAAGUCUGGUGAUUCAGCAGUAGAAAGGAAGCAGGAAAGUGGUAUUAGCCAUAGAAAAGAAGGAGGAGAGGAGUGAUAAGUCCAGAUGGCCUUAGGUGUCCUGACUGUCUAGGCAGCCAAAGAGCACAUGUUAAGCAAUCCAGAAGUGCCUUCAGGGCAAAGGAAUAGAGAGAAAGGGGGUCGCUGUGCUGGUGGGGUACACUGCAGAGGAGUUAGUCUUGUUUCAAAGCAGGAAUAUGAUCAGAGGUUCAGAAUUGGAAGUACAAUUUCAUUGCUUUUGCAAUUUCUACAAAUUACUUUUAAAGUGUCAGAAAAAGGUGAUGGCGAGGACAUGUAUUGCAAUUUGCAGGGGGGAUAUCGAGGACUUCAUCACAUGUGACACAAGAGAAAAGUAAGAGCUGGUUCUAAAUCAAAAGCUGUUGUUCAUCCUGAAUUGAAUUUUCUUAAUUUGGGUGGAGCAGAGUCGCUUUGAAGCCUUGUUCCAGUCUAGUUCUAUUUCAUUGUUGAUGAUAACUGUUAACUUUGUGUAGUGUAGAAGCAACAAGCAUGUCCUUGUAGUACAAGUACAGGGAAGGAUAGAUCAUACUUUCGUUGAUGCAAAAAAUUUAAAUAGUUAAUGUUAAUUCUGUAUCCAAUGUCCUAAAGUUUUAGGAUUAGUUUUAGUUUUUUGUUUGUUUACAUGAGCUUAGCAUAAAGAAUAUUUUUAAACAUCUUGUUUUGUCUUCAGCAUCUUUUCUAUUAAGAGAUAAAAUGUAGUCCUUGUUUGAUUCUUGACAAUUCAGUGUGUGUUUGAUCUUAGGUCUCAUGAUUUGAGUGCAUACCGUCUCCAGGAAGGAAACUGCACCAAUGUCUAUUCGUGUUAAGUAGCAACUUUUAGUCUUAGCUUGUUUUGUUUUGAUGUCAAUAAAUAGUAACAGAUUCAAGUAUGAA